UGUGCGUCGUCGUCUAUAUAAAGGGGGGGGAGAGAUGUCGCUAAGAAGAGCCAUCGAUCGAUCACCGUUCUCUUCUGAUCUGUACUCUCACAACUCCCGCUUUAGUUACUGACUACUGUUCCUCGAUCAGUCCUGUGGUUGAAGAAACAAAGGCAGUGAAGAAAGCUACCUGUAGAGAAAGAACCUUGCAAUGGCGUCGCAAUCGUCCAUCUCACUCACCGGAGGGGACUGCAGGGUGGCGGCCCGGCGAGGCGGAGGAUCGAGGUGCCGCACGAAUUCCAGCGGGGCCGGGGCCGGCUCGGCGUGCACUUUCCCGCCGGGAUCGCCCCUGGAGCGGAUCGCGCGGCUGGUGUCAGGGAGCGCAGUGGUGAUCUUCGGCUUCAGCGGCUGCUACAUGUGUCACGUGGCGAGGCAGCUCCUCUGCGGGAUGGGCGUCAACCCGACGGUGUACGAGCUGGAUGAGGAGGAGGACGGAGGGAGCCGGACGGAGGACGCACUCGCCCUCAUCGCCGGCCGCCACCCUCCGGUCCCGGCGGUCUUCAUCGGCGGCAGGUUCGUCGGCGGCUUGGAGCGCCUCAUGUCCAUCCACAUCAAGGGCAACCUCGUCCCCAUGCUCAAGAACGCCGGCGCCCUUUGGCUCUGAGCCUCGGCUCGGCUCGUCAGGCUCCCCUAGGCUUUUGAGAUAUCCGGUUUGCCGAAGUUUGCCUGGCAAUUUUGGUGUGAGCGUCAUCUAUCGUGUGACGACCGUCGGGCUCGUAUAAAAAUGUAAAGUCGUGUAAUGGAUGACAAUGUCAAUAAUACAUGCGAUCUUCCUUUUUCUUA